ACCCGGUAGAGGCAAAAUUCGAGUUGAACAGGAUUCCAAUUGAGUUUUACUUGUUUGUAAAAAAAAAACCCAUUUUGAACAGAUAAGAAGUUUUCUUCCGGGAGUUACGUCGUAAUGUGGCCGUCAUGAAGAUGAGGAAGCUUGAACAUUCUCGGUAGUCUUCGCUUUUUUGCUCAAAUGUCAGUAUUUUUAGCUAGCUGUAAUUUUGAGCAAAGGUAAACAACUGCUAAGUAGGUCGUGAAGUUACCUGAGCAGCCAUGGCCACGGAGGAUAAACCUGCUGCAGGUGUGCGCUCUGGAAGAAUGGAUGUAGUUCGACACCUGAGGAACUUUGGGGUCAAUCCUGCAGCUCUGGCUUUCGCAAUGACCACACUGGGAUCUUGCAUGAUUAACAACAUAUUCAGCUUCUACUAUGUCAAACUGUUUAUUAAUAAGUAUAAUGUAUCAGAGGGAGCCUUCCACAAAUCACAAGUGGUUUACAUGGUGUGGAAUGCAGUCAAUGACCCACUCUUUGGAUACCUUCAAGAUAACUCCCGUGUGCCCUGCUGCUCUCAGCGUCGUCUCUCCAUCCUGUAUGGUGCUCCCCUCUACUCGCUCACGUUCCUCCUGGCCUGGUUCCCGUGGCGGACCUACGCCCCCGGUGACUGGUUGAGUGGCCUACACCUGACAGUGACACUGUGUGCUUUUGAUAGCUUAUUGACUUUUGUGCUGCUGGCACAAUGUGCACUAUUUGCAGAGAUUUCCAGCCAGCAUCAGAGCAGACUCAGACUUGUAAAGUACAGCCAGGUGGCUUCUCUCGUCGGCUCCUCCAGCAUCCUCUUCUGCGGCGUGGUGUCUAAAAACAUGGAGGACUUUGGAGCCUUCCAAGCCUACACGGUGCUGAUCGCCAUACUGAGCUGUGCCUGCAUGCUCUAUACUGGCUUCCACAGUGAGAGCCGCUUUGACAACAAAGGAUCUGAACCAGAAGCACAGCAGUCUGGGGACCGGACUUCCCCCCAAUCUGAACCUUCCCUCUCCAAUUUAAGAACUCUGGUCUUGCAAAUCCUGACCAACAGGGACUUCCUGACUUUUGUCGUAAUGAACUUCUGCCAGGUCUUCAUGUUGGCCUUCUUUAAUAAUUUUACCAUAAUUCUUACUGAGCACCUGAUUCCUCCAAAUGUGCUUCCAUCACUGGCCAAGAGCAUCAUGUACGGAGCAGGAUUCAUCUGUCCACAGCUGUUGGUAUUGAGCUGUCAGAGUCUGCUCCACGGUCUUGGCUACUACAGGAUCAUCCUUUUAACCUUCUACACCGAGGCUGUGAUGGCGGCCAUCAUGCUCGCACUCGGCCCUCAGCAUUACUAUAUCCUGGCAUUUUUCCUGACUGCUAACAUGGUCAUCAUUCAAGCAGCCUUCAGUCUUUUUGGCUUGCCUUUGGCUGACAUCAUCGACACAGAUCUGCAGAAGUACAAACGCAGUUCCCCACUCUCCUCCAUGGUGUUUGGGACGAAUGCUCUGUUCACAAAACCCGCUCAGUCUCUGGCUCCCAUGAUCGUGCUUUAUAUCCUCAACCAGUUUGGAUACGAACGGCUGAAGAGCGCAGGAGCUGAUUCAAAUCAAAGCGACCUGGAGAGCCUCCACUAUGUCAUGUUUUACUUGGUGUGUCUGGUGCCAAUGUGCAUCGCUGCUCUGCAGGCCGUGGCUUGGAGGCCGUUCUCUAUCCGCAACAGUCACACAGUUGAAACAAAGUACAUUGACAACUAACUUUUGUACUUCACAAUCAAAGGAAGCCUGGGGAUAUUUCUUUAGCAGGGGUUUGGGAGAGAUAUAAGGUUUAUAAUAAUGUGUAAAUGAAUGUAUAUUUAAGAAAUUCCAUAUUUAGAUAGAUGCAGUUUAUGAUUUAACUGCAUAUAAAGAAUUGUAAAUCAACUGUCUCCUCCUACAGGCUAUGCAGACCAAACAAAGCCUUAAAAUCCUCUUCCCCUGACAAAAUCCAAUUUCCUGAAGCUUAGUUUGCAAUAACCUCUACAACUAAUAAGCAGCAACAUAUCAUAGACCGUUAAUUCUCUGCAAUAAAAGGAUUAGAUCAUCAGGGUCCUAAAAAAACAUUUUUAGUUCACAGGAGAGGGACUUGAAAGAUUGAACAUUGAACACACAUAUAACUCAACAAGAUUCAUUAGAAGUUGACAUACAUGUAUUAGCAGAAUGCCCAAACAGAAGUGAUCAAUCCUCCUUUAAAUAAAAUGUGGUCAUCUCUCAUUGAUGAUGACAGUGACAUCCAAUCAGAAAGAUAUAAAGCCUAUAAUGAAGUGUAAGUUUGAGCAGCAGAGUGUAACAGCUCUUGAACCAACACAGCACACAGUAUAAAUUUAACUAAUAUUAAAAAAAAAUCGUAUCUACAUCUUACACAUUCCAGGGUUGAUCAUGGUUGAAAGUAAUUGUAUUUUUAAAUACAAACACACAACGUUCAUUCUUAAAUCUGUGAUGUUGUCUGAGUGUAGAUGAUGUGGUUCUAGUAAAUCCAUCUGUGUGGUGAGUAGUGAAGGAAAGCUAAAGCACUUUAUUGACACGUUUACGCUCAUACACACAUUUCAGCCUGCUGAUUCAGAAGUGAUUCACAGCCACGGCUCACAUGGUUAAUGCAGACGUCAUCAAAAGCUGCAACUUUCAGAGAAAGCUGCCUGUAAGGCUUCUGUGAAGGUUGCACAUAUUCGGUUUUGUUUCGAUAAGUGAAGCAGGCUAAUAUGAGUGUUCAACUAAAUUAACACUGUAAGAAAAAAAAUAGGAUCACCUUCAUUUUACUUCACAGAGGACAAGAACUUUAAAAGGGACUGAGACUUAUUUGACUUGAUUUAUUUUCACUUUGAUAUCAAAAUGUUUUCUGAUAUUAUUGUUGCCUUUAUCAUACACAAAAGAAAACAAGACGGCUACAAACAAGUGACAUCAGGCAUCUUUAAGAAGUGGCUGCAGUCAUCUUUGCAAUACCUACUUACAUAAAAAUAACAAAGUGUAGCUUUAACUCCAUACAUGCUCAACAGUGCAGGAAUUCAACAUGGUGCUAUGAACUGCAAUAACAUAUGUACUGACUUUGAGCUGAAAUGUUCAGUGAAACAUUGUUUUCAACAUUCAAGCUCAGAGAGGAUUUCUCUUACAUUACAUUACAUAUACAUCGUUUACAUUUGGAGCGUAACGGAGGAGAAGAGAACAAAUUCUCAGCUGAGGAUGUUUGAGAGCCGGCAUAACAAAAACAACAUCCUCUUUGACUUUGAUUAAAAA